CUAAAAAUUUGCAAUUGUAAACAGAAGUGAUGAGAUUCCUCUCAAGGAUUUUGUGAAAAGGAAAAACAAAGAAAUUUCAAAACCAGAAGAAGAAAAUCCGGAAGCCAAAAUGUUAAGUAUUGAAGAACAACGGAAGCAAAUACUUCAACAGAAACAAAUGCUGUUAGACAUUCAAGAACAGCUGAAGGCACAAGAAGACAGGCUUAAUGCACAGACCAAUGCCUCGAAAGAUGAAAACGAGGAUGAACAUCCAAAACCCCAACCAAAAAAGAGAAAGUUAACUUUUCGAUCAAGUGCACAAGAAGAUGAUGCACAGAAGGUUGAUGUACAACCUGAAACAAAGAAAAAAGGAACAAGAGUCAAAACUAUUCCAAAUCGAAAAAGAACAAGAUUACAGCAAUAUAAAGAAGAAUUCCCUCAGACGAUGAAAGAGGUCAAGGAGGAAUUUGAAGCUCUAGAAAAGAAAAAAUCUGCCCCAGUGAAUAAGAAGCGCAAAGGAACUUCUAAGAAGGGAAAAGAGAUUGUUCUUCGUGAAGAUUAUGAAGAAGAUGAAGAAGAAGUGGAAGAAGAAUCAAUAUCUUCCUCUGCCUUUUUCAUAAAGAAGAGAGGUAAUGACAAAAUGAUUGCUGAUGGAGAAAUGGAAGUGAAGGAAGAAGAAAAACCUGUGAUUGAUCCCAAACAAAAGCCCCAUGAGCACAAACUGAAUGUGAGGCAAACUCCUCAAAUGCUGAUGCGCUUUUUGAAGGGAAUUUCAUCUGAUAAACCUAUUAAUAGGGAAAAGCAACAAGCUAUCACAGAGUUAGGGUUCGGGUCUUUUCUAAACCUUGACAUACCACCAAAUGUAAAUCCAUUCCCGUACGAGUUGCUUUCCCAUUUCAACUCUUUAACCCGGGCCCUAGAUUUACAAAAAUCUUCCUUGCAUAUUACAAUAGGGGACAUAUACCUUGUGUAUGGUAUCCCUAUUGGAGGAGACCAUGUGAUUGAAUUGACAGAUGAAACAGAUCCAGCGGUGAAGAAAGUAUUUUCAGAUUUUUGGAAAUAUUGGGAUGUGCAAUCUGGAUGCCCAAAGUUGGUGAAAAUGAUAGAAACAUUGAUCAAAGAAACCACCAAAGUUGAUGAUAACUGGAAGAGAUCUUUCCUCGUGGUUGUUGUUAACACAAUGAUCAAAUCCACUACCAACAUUUCGAACAAGAAGAACCACCACAAGAAGAACAAGAACCAGAACAACCACAACCACCACCACCACAACAAGAAGAACCACAACCACCACCACCAGAACAAGAAGAAGUACCACCACCACCACAACAAGAACAAGAACAACCACAACCACCACCAACAGAACAAGAACAAGUACCACCACCACCACCACUACAACAAAAACAACAACAGGCACAUCAAAGUUCACCGGUGACUGAACUCGGUGAAGAUCAGGAGAUACCAGAGCAACAAA